UCGCAACACCACAAAGUACGAAAUUCCACAGCAAUGGAGAUAUCUAAUCCCAGGAGAAUUCUGGCUGUAUCCGCAGAAAACCAAGUCGACCAUCUAAGUCGAGUGCUCAAAGGUCAGUCAUGGAAAUAGUCGGCUUUCUUCUUCUUUUUUUUCUUUCUUUUUUCCUUUUUCUUGUUUCCUUUUUCUUUUUUAUAAACCCCGCCAUCUCACCGUCGUCCUCUCAUCGCCUGCCUACCUUCAAGUGAACUUCCCUCCAUCACCGUCCCACCCCAAGCUAAUGCACCCCCACCAUCGCCACACCACAGACCUCACAGGCUCACACCCCGAGCCCACAUCCUCCACCUCCGCCGGCCCCUCCCUAGCCGGAACCACCCAUCCCCUGCACCUCAAGACGGCGUAUUACACCGCCACCGUCCCCGUCUGGCUCGACCUCAUUCCCGACGAAGACCCCGCAGACUGGGCCUCCGCCUUCCUUGCCCCGGAAGCCAAGGAGGUUCUCGACGUGCUAGGCGGCAUAGCCGUCGUCUUUCCCAUCUCUCCUCCCGCUCUGCCCGCAACCGAUUCCACAACAGCGAGCCGCACAGAGCAGAACGACGAGCAGGAGGACAGAAGUAGUAGCACCCAUCGUCUCCUCCGCCAAGUGGGUCGCGUCGUCCGCGAAGGUCUGGGCGGCUGGCAAUGGGACGGCGUAGGGCUGGCCAUCGGUGUUGCCGGCGGGGGCACUGGCACCGACCUGGACCACGAGAAGAUCGCCGCGACGUGGGAGGAGGUAUGUGCCGAGGCCGGCUUGGAGCUCGUCCUUAUACGAGGCCACGAAAGCGAUCAAGGGCGGAAUGAGUUCGGAGAAAAGAUGGGCAUCCCCCGCGUCCUGGAGGCACUAGAGUCGAACGACUGGGCCCAAGGCCCAUCAGCGGAAGACAUGGAAGACAUGGAAGACGAACCAGGCGAGACCUCCGCGAGGGCGACAAAAACAAAACCAGGCCACGGAGGAGGCGACAACGACGACGACGACGAAUUCGACCCGGAAAGCCUCGAUUUCGGCUUCGACAAGGCCGACUUCCAAGGCCUGAAAAAGGCCAUCUGGGGUCUCGAAUCCGAAGACGACCACGAAAAUCACCCCCCCGGCGGCAGUCAUCGUGAUAUCGCCUCUCCUCUCGUCAGGGAACCACCCGCCGCAGCAGCUGCCACAAGCUCGACAAAGGACGAGGAAACAGUAGGCGCAAAGACCGGCGACGCGACCAAGGCAAACAAAGAGGACGAAAGACCGGAAGAGACCGUCGUCGACGAAGCGCGCGAGGUCGAAAACAUCGAGGCCAUGAUGCGCAAGUUGCAGGCCGUCAGGGACAUGAGCGCCGGUUUGCCCGAGGACCAGAAGAGACGGAUGGCCGCCAAGGCCGUGGCCGAGGUGAUGAAGGAGUUGUGAUGUGGCUUCCUCUGAUGCAUCAGCCAUGCUGGCGAGAGACCCGUCUCUUACACAACUCGACCGAUAUCUCACCAUGCUGACGAGAGGAAUCGCCGUGCAUCCCCGUCUCCAAACCGAGAUCAAGUGAGGCACCAUAAGUCUGAUCAACAAGGUGUAAAAGGUGUAAUUGUAAAUCAGGUACUAUUCUCAGUCAAAUGGAACUUAUAUGCAUC